UUUUGUCCAUUUUACAGAAAACAGGAGCAAUGGAAUAUUUCACUACUUGGCUGUCAAAAUAAAUGAAAGAUAUUCGACAGCGUCACGAACGAAGUUGUUUACAAUUUUAUUCACGUCAAAGUCUCCAGGUGCCAGGUGUGGGACACGCGAUUUGUUAUUGAACAAAAAAUGGAUAGUAAAGUGCUGCAAGAAGUAAUAAAUUGUAUUGCCAGUUUGAAAGCGACAGACAUAUCCUUGGCGAAGCUUUCAGAUUGCUUGAAGUCUGUGCCUGAGCAUACGGCUCUUGUUGAUGUAUCUAAAUCGGACACUUUGUGGCAAAUAACUUGCAAUUACUAUUUGGUAUUGACCAAAUUCGCCGAGAAAAAUGUCGAGGAACAGAGUGACAUUUCUUCAAGCCAGGAUACAGUCGAUUUCCACGGAGCUAUCGAUCUCGUUCGUCAGUUCACAUUGCAUCUAUAUCUUCCGCAAGAACUAAGACGAUUGACUAAAAGUGAAACGCAGUUGCACGUGAUAGUGGAAGAACAGGAACGUAUUCGAAGGCUAUCUUACUGUGUUGCUCAAUUUAGAAGCCUAUUUAAGAACAAUCGUUUAGCCUUGCAUUCCAGAAUGAUCGAUUGUGUCAUCGAUUUCAUGGCAGGAACAUAUAGUUUAUUCGGAGCAUGUGCAUUUUCGGAGAUGGAAGGAAUUGCAUUUCCUAAAGAAAUGAUGUUUAAAUGUCUGCUUAGGAUAAAAGGGUGUAAAGAAUUGCCAUUGGAAAUUUCCAAAGCAAUACACGGGAAUUUAUUGGAACUUACUGGAGAGCCAGGCGGAUUUACCGCACUCUGUCGUACUUUGUUGACAAUAAGUGGAAGUGAAGCAAAUGUUCCCGUAUGGCAUAAAAGCCAAGUGAUUGCGAAAAUUGUCGCUAGCAAAGGACACACCAAAAGAUUUUACAACCAAGUGUUGACCGAUUGUUUUGCCAUGUAUCAAGGGGCAAUUUACGCAAAAAAUGAAAACGCCCUUACGUACACAAAUACGUGCGUUGAGUGUCUAAAACAGUUUUACCAGUUGCCUAUCGCGUAUAGUGAACUACAUAACAAAAUAGAAACGUAUUUUAUGCGACGUUUUCAAAAACUCUCUUCGCCUGAAGAAUUUAUUACGGGUUACGUCGUGGUAGAUCAAUCCAAACUGCUUGCCGAACUGUACGAAUGUCGCAUGGCGUUCACUGGAAUUUCAAUCAAUUCCUUACCAUCAUCGAUCUUAACUCCUUAUUUACCACUUUUUUUGAAACUUCACUCUAUACUGCCUUUGGGAUGCAAAGAAAGAAGCUAUCUUGAGGAAAUGAUCAUCUUUUGUCUAUCCAAUCGAACAAAAAAUGAAUUGGAACAAGUUGUGCUAUCCAUGGCGUUGGAACUUUCAACCUUUGAAACUCAAAACGGAUGUUUUUUCCUUCAUCCUAGGAUAAUCAUUAAACAAACGCCAGUUAACGGCUAUUACACUAUUCAGGUAGGACCUCAAGGAAAUAAAAACAGCUUAGAAGGUGGACAUCUACUGCCACCGCUCGUGACUAUCCUUAAAUCAACGGAUCGCAAUUUACUUGUUCACGAUGUUUUCAUAAUUCUUUUGAAACAACUUAUGUUAUCUACAAGACUAGAAAUUUCUUCAGAGCCUAUUAUUAUCAUGGAUGCGGCGGAACAAGAAGACGUAUUAUGCAGACGAAUGUAUGAAAAGUGUGUUUUAAUUCAGUCACUGGAAGAUUUAAUUAAUGUAAAAAGGUUCCAAAAUCAGAUAUACGAAAACCCUGAUGAUAUUUUGAAGAUCUUUGAAGCUUCACUUGCCUCCCACAUAAGCGAUGAGUGUAUUGAUAUACAAAAUGAGUCUAAUGUUACAAGAAGUAGCAAAAGGACAGAUGUUUUAGAUAUUGUCUUGUCUAUUUUAGGAGAUUUUUUGAGACGAGUACGAAGUUCUGAUAAAAUUAAUAAAAUUGUAAGGCUUCUGGAACAAUAUAAAAGUUUACCGGGAUGUACCGAUCAAAUGAAGAUAAAGAUAGAUUAUAUUUGCAACACAUCAAUGGUAGACAACGAUACGAUAUCCGAUUCCACCUGUCACAAUGCGCUGUCCUUGUGUGCUGAUUCAGAACCGUAUAGCAAAGUGUACGGUACAACACUUCUCAUAAAAUUGAUUAAAGAACGUGAUGUCGAAACGGUGGCACGACGUCAUACUAUCCUCAUAUUGGCGUUAGAAAACUUGAUGAGCGAAGAAAGUUAUGCAUUUUUGAACUCCGUUCGAUUGCUUGUUAGUCUGUGCGAAGUCUUCGAAACAGAAACAGUUGAAGUACUUAUAAAGGAAUAUCAUAGCGUGGAUAAAAACAUUGACUACCGUCUAAAGAUCGGCGAAGCAAUUAUAAAGAUAGUUGAAGUUCUUGGCCCAACUGCAAUUCGCUACAGAGAUGAACUAUUAAACUGUUUUCUUUUUGGGAUGAAAAAUUCCGUUGAUGAAUUUCGCACAUCGAGCCUUGCGAACAUUGGAAACAUAUGUCGCAUCCUUUCUUAUCAAGUACAUCAUUUUUUCUACGAGGUAUUUGCCUGUAUAAGCUGUAUAAUGGAAACAGAUACGUUUUUACCAACUCGGAGAGCCGCUAUUCUUGUACUGUCACAAUUAAUCGAAGGAAUGGAAGGUUUAAUGGAUUUGCAAGAAUAUUUGAUUUCCGUUUAUCGUUUUCUGAAACAUGUUAUUGUUACUGACACGGACGAUGUGACCAAAUUACAAGCGGCGGUAGCACUCGAUCAUUUGAAAUCAAAAACUAAACAAUUCUUUACCGUGUACAAUUAAAUGUAAAUUAUUGAAGUAUUAAAAAUUAAGAUAUAAUGAAUAUUACUUUUGAAUAAAAACAUGAAGAACCUUAU